AUGCAGCUUUCUAAGCUUCUUCUUGCAACUGGCCUUUUCACCACCUCGAUCAUUGCUGCCCCCGUUCCUAACGACGACUGGACCAUUGAGAACAUGAAGCGGGUCUGCAACCACGAAGACACCUCAUGCACCUGGACCUUCGGCAUCAACCGUGGAAUCGGUAUUACCUCUUGCACCUAUGUUGUAAAGGGCGCUGGAGCCUCUCACGCCAGUGGAGGCCCUAAGAAGUGCGGCAAAUUCAGCAUCUCCUCAGGCUGGAGCGGCCAGUUUGACCCUGAAAACGGCUUCACUGUCCUGAGCGUUGUCGACGACACAACCGGCAAGCUUAUCUGGCCCUCCUACGAUGAUAAUGAGCUUAAGGAUGGAAACGUCGUCAAUCCUGACAAGACCUACACUUCCACCAUCAUUGCUUGA